AUGACGGUCAGGGAGGUGGUUCCUGCCCCGGAGAGCCCAUCGCGGCAGCUGAUGCGGGAGCUGGCCCGUGACCUGGAGAAUGUCAGCAAUUUCAAUGCCGACUUGCGAAAGGUCCGAGCCUACGAGCGCAAGCUUUUCUACGAGAACCUUGAUCGGAUCGAGCGGGAGAGUGAGGCUGCGCACACGGCUGCGCUCGAUGAGGCUGCCGCCUACCACGACAGCCUGCGCGAGGAGGCCGAGGCGACUCUGAGAACGCACAUCCUUGCGGAAGAGGUGGAGCGCAUGCGACGACAGGAGGCCGUGCGCAAGGAGAAGGAGCUCAUCGAGCGGAUCCGGCGUGAGGAGGCUGAGAGGCUGCGCCGCGAGCGAGAAGAGGCUGCCCUUGCCGAGGCCGAACGCAAGGCCAAGGAAGAAGCUGCUAAGAAGGCGGCAGAGGAAGCCGAGCGCGCACGCAAGGCCGCCCUUGAGGAAAAGGAGCGCCAGGAACGCGAGCAGCGUGAGCGGGCUGAGGCGGAGAGACGCAAGCAAGCCGAAGAUGCCAAGAAGGCACAGCUCGAGGCCGAGCAGAAGGCAAAGGCCCAGGAACUGCGCAAGGUCGGUGCCGCGGGUCUCACAGCAGAGGAGGCUCGCAUCCAGGAUCGCUACGUGGAACUGCACAAAACUCUCAAAGAAAUGCGAGAGUGGCUGAGAGUGAAUGUUAAGGACAAUCCUCCAGUCAAGCAGGCCAUGGGCGAUAUGCGCCGGGCGAUCAAGAAGUGCGUCGGUCAAUUGCGGGACGGCAAGGGUGCGAACAAGGCCCAGACCCAGCAAAUCCGGGCAGAGCUUGAAAAAGCCUGCAAGAUAACCGAGCCCACUGUCGACAUCCGCCAGUUCAUCGCGUUCCCUCCGGCAGAGAUUGCUCAGACUGAGCACAGGGUACCCGCCAUGUUGAUCUACGGGCUCAACAUGCUCGCUAAGGCCCUGAUCUCAGCUCUCAUCGCCGAGGCCUCCAUCAACCCUGACCACGCCGAACCGAUCGGAAUUGUCGCCGCGCAGAUCUUUUCGAUGGACAUUUUCAUGUUCAGGGGCAUCCCCAUGAGCGACAUCCUACUCGCCAAGUACCGUGUGGUAUGCCCGGCACUCUGGGGCUCCACCGGUAAUGAAAAGACCGAGUCUGGACGCCGAGCACUUGGAUGGUGGCGUGAGGAAGCCGGUGGUCCCUUCGUGAGCGAGCAAGCCCACAUGGACCGCAUGACGGCCCUGGGCGCCGGCUUUUCCGCUCUGACGCUUCGCAACUUUGGCAAAACCCAGCGCAAAAACCCCUUCCCGAAUACCAUUUUCUGGACUUCGCUACAGAAGAUCCUUUCCAUCCCGCCUGCGGACAUGCAGGACACCCAUGUUGCACUCCUCCAAGCCAUGCUACGAUCAUCGAGUGCGCGCAUCUUGGGCUUUUUCGGUCAAGUUGGCCUGGCCCUUCUUCGACGGGCCAUCAUCGAUCUGCCUGCGGCUCUGCCACGGCAGACGAUGAAUGUGAACCAGUUGAAGCUCCUCAAGGAGACCUAUCAGCGUGAUAGAAGUCUCGUUAUCUAG